ACACGCAGAGAACACUGAAAAGAAGAGCUGCAGCUUCAUGAAAAUCUAACCACCCAUGACCCACCUAUAUAUAUAUAUAUAUAUAUCCACUGCUGAUAGCAAAACUCAUCUAAAAGCAGCUCCAAUUCUGUGAUAAUUCCAUUUUCUUCCCAAAAUCCUUCUUUUGAUCUCAAUUAUAUCACCAUCCAUGGAUUCAGAUUCUCAGAACAAGAAGGAGCACCCCAUACCCUCUUCCUCUGAUCUCUUCUCCAGUGCUAAGCUGUUGGCUGAGGCGGCGCAAACCAGCUUAAGCGACGGAUAUGACAAGGUUGACAAGUCCAAAGUAGCCGGAGCAGCCUCUGACAUACUCGACGCUGCCUCACGCUACGGUAAGUUUGAGGACAAGGCUUUCGGUGGGUAUGUUGAGAAGGCUAACAGUUAUCUGCACCAGUACGAGUCUUCCAAUCCCACCACCACCAAACCCGGUUCUAAACUGCCAACCACCACCACCACCACCACCACCACCACCGACGCUGCCGACAAGACUUCUAAGUCGGAGGAGGAUGGUGGUGAUAAAUCUGGAGGUGGGUAUGGGGGCUAUGUCAAGAUGGCUGAAGGUUUAUUCAAACCCGGUUCUGAACCGCCAACCACCACCACCUCCGACUCUGCCGACAAGCCUUCUAAGUCGAAGGAGGAUAGUGGUGAUAAAUCUGGAGGUGGGUAUGGGGACUAUGUCAAGAUGGCUGAAGGUUUCUUGAAACCCGGUUCUAAACCGCCAACCACCACCACCGACGCCGCCGAUAAGACUUCUAAGUUGGAGGAGGAUGGUGGUGAUAAAUCCGGAGGUGGGUAUGGCAACUAUGUCAAGAUGGCUGAAGGUUUCUUCAAGUAGGCUAUCCAUUAUGUGCUUUAUCCAAAGUCCUUUUAGUAGUACUACUACUAGUUCUAUGCUUGUCUUUCCCUUUGUUGUUUCAUGUAAUCAUCUUUUGGUGUGAAGUCUUUGUUUGGACUUUUUGAACAUUUUUAUUGUUCUAGUGUGGAUGUGUGGGUUAACCUAAGAACAGUGAACAUUUAUGUUCCUAUGUCCCAACUGUAUCUUUUCCUAAUUUAGCAUUGUAAUAUAAUUAACUCUCAAGGACUUUGAAAUAAUGUUUGUAUAUUUGUGUUUGUGUAGACCGUUCUCGUUAUUAGAUUUUAAGGUCAGAAGAUCUCCUGCUCCGGGGAAACUCUCUCUCUCACACACGCAAACUUGAUUAUAAGAUGUAUGAAUUUAUAUUUCACUGUUUAUUUUAUUUAUAUUUCGGUUGACAAAACCAAUCAAUGGAGAUUGAGGGAUGGA